AUGUCCAGCACCAGCACCCAACCCCAAGACAAGGCCGAACCCAGCCAACAGCCCCAACAACAACAAAAGCCCUCUGUCCUGGAAGAAGACGAUGAGUUCGAGGAUUUCCCCGUGGAAGACUGGCCCCAAGACGAAACCGAACAAGGCACCGCCACCGCCAACGGCACCGACGCCCACCUGUGGGAGGAAAGCUGGGACGACGACGACGCCGCCGAGGACUUUUCGAAACAGUUGAAGUAG